CUGCUAAUAACUGCCAAUGAACUCAGUGAUACGAAACUCAUAGGUCAUAAACGAACUUUAUGCAUCAGUCACUAAUUUGACUGCUAUUAUCUAUCAUGUCUAUCAUAAGUAUGUUCAUAAGUAUGUUCAAGAAAGGGGAUAGCAAUUUUUAAGCUACAAACCUCAGUCGGUAUAUCUCGACUACCUACCUCAUACGUCCUUAUAUAAUAUAUGAUCAAUAUAAACAUAUUGCUUAUUUCCAGCGCCGCACCUAUAUUAAAACGUCAGCUACCUAUAAUACACCACCCCCCAAAAACCAAAAAAAAAAACUCAACAAGUAACAUCACAACGACGCAAUCGGAAAAUGUCCGAGACAAUCCGUCUCCCCCACAAACCCGACGCCCCGCUGUCUUACCAAUUCGUACCGGGACAGGGCCCCUUGUCAACCACCCAUCUCAUCGUCUACCUCAACGGACUCAUCGCCCCCCAGUCCGGCUGGCGUGCAACUAUAGACCAUCUUCGACGACGAUGGGAUGAAGGCGGCAGUCGCAGCGCUAAUCACCCAGCGCUACUUACCUACGACCGCUACGGUCAGGGCGGGUCCGCGCGCGAUCCUGCAGAUGACCAGCACGGCGGGAGCCAUGACAUCCGCGAGGUCGUCGCGGACCUGCACGUCUUAGCGCAAGAGAUACGGCGCACCAAGAUGAUAAAGGAUGCGGAUGCCUCGAAUGAAGAUGAUGGAGCAGCAGCAGCAGACCAAGUGCCCAAGCCCAAGUUAAUCUUCGUCGCCAACAGCAUCGGCUGCGUCAUCGGACGUUUCUACGCCCAGACGUACCCGGGCUCCACGGCGGCGCUUCUAUUCCUCGACAGCAACAUCGCCAACAGCGACCAGGUAUCGCUCUUCCCGGACCCGGACGCGCCAGGCUUCGACCCGCACGUCCUGCUCCCCCCGGACUCGACGGUCGCGGACCUGCGCCGCACGCGCGCCGGCUACGCCGCGCACUUCCACCCCUCGGCGCCGAACCCAGAGCACCUGGACCGGCGAAACAUCAUCUCGCUGCUGCCGCUUUCCGACGGGCCGCCGCUGCGGGGGGCAGAGCCGGACGAAGGCACGGGGCCGAGGAUCACGGUCGUAGGGCACGACUGGGCGACCUUCGCCGAGGAGGGCUUGCGCGGGUCCAUGAACGUGCCCGAGGGCCUGACGAAUAGGUACGUGAACCCGCCCUGGGCCGCGUAUAACGAGGGACUCGCGCGCCUGACGAGCGCGGAUAGAGCGCGAGGGCCCGUGAUAGCGACGGGCUGUGGCCAUUUCAUACAGAAGGAUGAUCCGGCGCUGGUUGCGGAGCUUACGGAUGACUUGCUACGGAAUAUCGAGGCGGAUAGUGCGGCAUAGGGGUAGGAGGGGUGGAAUUUGAGGUUUACCAACAUACUUGGCUGGGUAACCUCCCUUUUGCUCUUACAUAUCUACCUACCUAAGGUAACGUAUGUAUGUGUGUGUGUACGUAUGAUAGCCUUACGAGCA